AUGUCUAUCACAAAGUCAUUUAUUCAAUUAACAGAACAUGAACAAACGAAUGAAAUGAAUCCAAUACAAUUUUAUUCCUAUUUUACGUCAUUGAAUCAAAUACAUAAUAAUAAUUUAUGGAAUAAUCAUUUACAAUUAACCAAAUGUAAUCCAUUUCUAAUAUUUAAUCCUAUUGAACAAUUAAAAAAUGAUGAGAAUUUCUCUGAUAAUAAAAAUAAUACAAAAACAAUUGAAGAAACAAAUCAAUUAUCAAUGAGAAUACCAUAUUUAUUUCCAGUUGGUUGGGUUCCACCACCUCCACACAUUCUAUUAGCAUAUUUGCAAGCAAACAAAUUACUCCGACAACAACAAGGACAACAACAACACCAUAACCAUUACGAACAUCAAUCACAACAGCGGUCACAGUGUUAUCAGGGACAAUUACAAUCACUACCAAUUAACCAUUACACCACUAAUCAAGCAAUGCCAAACAAUACUCAAGAAUCAUCAAUCUCCAAUGAACUAAUGAAAACACCGUUUAGAAAUUCGCUUGAUUAUUUUAGUACAGAUCAAAUACUGAACAAUGAUCAUGUACAAAGUUAUGAAUCGUUACAAAAUUCAGAAACGUUGAAUGGUAAAAAAAAUAAUCAACGCUUAAAUAAUGAACAACAAAUUAUAACCAUUCAACAAGAUGUUAUUCAAUUGAUAGAUAAUCAUAAAUCUUUAUUAACUAUGGAUGAUUUAAAAACGUAUUCAAAUCAAUGUGAACCAACUAUUUUAAAAAUUAUAAAACAAACUAAAAAAGAACACUAUCAAGUAAUUUGUUCAAAACCAAUUCUAUCUGGAACUUUAUUAGGACCAUUCUCUAUGAAUGAAUGUUUUCAAAUGAAUAAAACAGAUAAUCAAUCAUGUGUAUACAAAAGUGCUAAAUUACUUUCGAUAAGUGAUAUGCAAACAACAAUUGUAGAUAAUUCAGUUCUUAAUACUUUACAAAAUACAACUAUGCUAUGGAUGACAUUAGUUCGUGAUGUUUCAACUCAAUUAGAACAAAAUAUUACUGUCAAUAGAAAUUCAACUCAAUCGAACAUUAUGAUUAUAUCUGUAAUUGAUAAUUUAAAAACUAUCGAUAAUAAUAAUAAUAAUAGUUUGUCAAGUAAUGAUUCUCAGUUCAUGAAUACAUUCAAUAAAUAUAAUGGACAAAGAUUAUUUUAUUUUAAAACUCAACGAUAUAUUGAUACUGGUGAAGAACUUUUAUUAAAUGAAAAGAAUCCAUUCUAUGAUAUGUUUCUGCUUAUCAAUGCAAAUAUAAAACUAUAUCAUUCUUCUAUCAAUCCAACGUCUAGAAAAUUGUGUACAGAAAAUGAUUCUCAACCAUCAAAUCUUUAUGCUCAAUAUUCUAAUAUUGAUCAAAAUAAAAUAGAUUUGAAUAAAAUAGAUCCAAAUCACUUAAAUAUAAAUAAUAGUAGUUUAUAUGUGAUACAAAAAUCAACUUUAUCUAAGAAAGAUGACUUGAUAUUUCAACAACAACAACAACAACAACAACAACAACAACAACAAAAGAUCAAAAAUUCAAGUUUGAAUAGAUCAUUGAUAAAUUCAUUGAAUAAAUCAUGGAAUGAUCAAGAUAAUUUGUUGAAAUUAUCUAAUAAACGAUAUCAUAAACAAAUGAAUGUAUCAUUCAAUGAUGAAUCAAUCAAAUCAGCAUUUUCUCAUGUUUCAUCACCUAAAAGAUCUAAUGAUUACAAUUUCAUUUCAUCUCAUCUAACUUCUGUUAGAAAUAAUACUACAGAAUAUUCAAAUAAUAAUAAUAAUAAUAAUAAUAAUAAUAAUAAUCAACAGACGAUGAAUAGUAUUCAAGGACAUUUGGAAUCGGCUCACAUGAUUGAAACAAGUCCAGCUCGUGAAGGUUAUACAUGUGAUCGUUGUGGAAAAAUGUUUGCUUAUCAAUAUUAUCGGGAUAAACAUUUGAAAUAUACAAGAUGUAUGGAUCAAGGUGAUAGAAAGUAUCCAUGCAAACUUUGCUCUCGGUCAUUUGAAAAACGUGAUCGACUAAGAAUACAUGUAUUACAUGUUCAUGAAAAACAUCGACCACAUAAAUGUCAUUUGUGUGGAAAGAAUUUUAGUCAAUCAUCAAGCCUAAAUAAACAUUUACGUGUACAUAGUGGCGAACGUCCUUAUAAAUGUUGUUAUUGUAAUAAAGCAUUUACAGCCAGUAGUAUUCUACGUACUCAUAUUCGACAGCAUUCAGGAGAGAAACCUUUUAAAUGUAAAUUUUGUUGGAAACCGUUUGCUUCACAUGCAGCUCACGACAGUCAUGUACGUAGAACUCAUUCGUUAGAGAGUAAACUAAUGAAUGUGAAUCAAACUCCUCAAGUAAAUAACAUCUCGACACUAUCAACUGGUGAUUCAAACUUACAUUGGAAUGAAAUUUUAAAUCUGUAAUACAGACGAAAGCUGUGUUAUUUAUUAUGAUGCUUUACAUUUUGAAGCUCCAGUUUCUUUUCCGUAAUAAACAUCACAUCAAGUCAGCUAAAUUUUGUUGUUUUAGCAAAACAAUUAAUAUGACUUUGUAGAAGGAAGUGGCAGUUACAUUCUAUGCAUGAAUGAUAAUGAUUGUUUCAGUCUUUAAACCAAUGGUAAUAUCAUACUAUUGUUCAAUUGUAUUUCUUUGAUUUCUUCACAUGUAGCUAUCUAAUGUAUAUAAUAAUUUUAAAUAAAUUAAAGUAUUUUUGUUUAACUUUA